ACUUGUUGCCACCGGCGUAGGGCGUGACACGUCUGCCGAACUUUGUUCAUUCAUAUCCUGUUCUCUUUCUGUAUCUUUUCAGUUACCACACACCUCUCAAAAUGUCGGAAUCACCCAAUGCACACAUUGAUUUUGUACCGGCCACCGCUGAGGACUAUGAGGAGCUGAUGUCUAUCUCGGGUGGUAUUUACAAAGGAACGGACUAUCUGCCAUGCAAAUACCAUGCAUGGCUGAAGGAUCAUCAAAGACACAUGUUUAUGGUCAAGAGUGAAGGCAAAAUAGUGGGCUUUGAGUCCUUCUUGCUGGUUGAUGGCGGUGAGACAGCUGUGGUGCAGGGUCUUCGUGUGGCCCCCUGGAUAAGAGGACAAGGUGUAGCCGGGAUGAUUGAGAAAUUUAUCUUAGACAAGCUUCGUUCUGAUCACCCACAAGUCAAAAGAAUUAGUUUGACCCGUUCAGAGAACCCUCCACCGAGCAUGCUGAAGAAGUAUAGAGUGAUCGGCUCCAAGGCUGUGGUGUCUAUGCUUCUUCCCUAUGACCAGCUUGAGGAAGCCAUCGGAUUAUUGGAAGCUCGUCUGGAGAAUGUGGGCCAGUUGAAUAAUUACACCAUUCUGGAACCUGCUGAGGUUCUCAAACUCUUUGACGGGACAAAGACUGCAGAAGAUCUGCUUCCUGGGGGUUUCUUGAUGCAGGGAUGGCUUCCACUUACCACCCAUAAGUCCAAUUUGGAGAUGCUCUUUGAAAUGAAAAUCACUUGGAUCUACUCACAAGUACAACGUAAAAGCAUCAGUGAAGGAGGACAUCAAAUUAACCAUGAAAACAAAGGGAGUGCAGGAUCACCAUCCUCACCACCCUCUUCUGUUGGGUUCCUCAGCCUCGGGACUCCAGCAUACCCAGUGCCUUAUUCAGAUGCCACUUAUCGAUUUGACAUUGACUUGUUUGGCAUUGACCCAGCAGGCGCUAAGAUGCACGUUGUACAACAACUUAAGUUGUGUAUAAAGUCCCUGCCUGCCGGACAGAGCAUAAUCUGCGUAAUGUAUGGAGAGGAGAGUCUGCGGACGGAACUCAAUCAACUGCGUGAGGGACUGACGCCUUUCAUUUUAGUAAACGAACAGAUGCUGCUAGAAAUGGACAUUUAACACCUUGGUUGACAAUCUUACAGGGUCAUUGGGCUAAAAGUUAGUGGACAUCUGACCAUCAAGCCUACCUAAAUGGCCAAACAUAUGUGGACACCCCUCAAAAUGUUUAAUUUCAGGGGUUUCCAGUCAAGUGUACUAUUAAUGCUACAAAUGUGUGCUAUAAAUGGGAGAAGGAUCUUUUUCUGUUCCAGCAUGACUGCGCAGGGCAGUUGUAAUGCAUGGGCACCCCUGGUGCCCUAGGUGCAGGGGGGCCCCAUGAUAGUCUUGCUGUCCAGGAUUUGCCAGGCCAGUCACACUUUUUACUAAGCUGUCCCAAGAUGGCCGUGUCCUAAGCAACAUCCUGGAAGCUGUACUGUGCCAUCCUGAUCUCAGUAUUCUGCCCUCCUGACCCCCCCCCAUCCCCCAUACUGUGCCCUGCUACCUCCACCCCUGUACUGUGCCCUUUGUAAUUUGU